UUUGACCGUAGCCAUAUCUCUUCUUCUGGUUAAUGUAGUUUAGUCUGUCAAACUGCAACGAUUUAAACUGAGCUCAACUCAGUCAUCACGACUUUAAUGAUUUUUGGAGCAUUUCUACCCUUUCACAUUUACCAUAGUAUCAAUAGGCGUCCGCAGCUCGUAGAUGCGUCCAACAGAGACGAUACUUUCUGUAAUAUUUUAACAUCAGCUAACAAACAUCUUACCAUCUUCAUGUGGCCGUGUAAUAAAUAUUGAAUACGGAGAAUGUCUAUGGAAUUAGAUGUGUUUGUGGGAAAUACUACUGUUCUGGAUGAAGACGUUUACCAACUAUGGUUGGAUGGAUACACAGUCUCAGAUGCAGUAAACAUGCGGAUGGAAACAGGAGUCUUGCUGGAGUGUGAAGCCAAUGAAGAAGUUCUUCUCAGUGACACUAUGGACCAAUUCAGAACUUUUCAGAUGUGUGAACGUCUCCUACAGUCUCCUUCAAAAGUGGACAAUCAGCUUAUGUUUCAGAUCCCUCCUCACCACCGAGCCAUGCUCAUAGAGAGGUAUUAUGAGUUUGACAGUGUGUUUGCCAGGGAGGUGCUGGGAAAGAAGCUCUCAAAAGGGACCAAAAAAGACUUGGAUGACAUCAGUUCAAAGACUGGGAUUGCACUCAAGAGCUGUCGUCGACAGUUUGAGAAUUUUAAGCGUGUGUUUAAAGUGGUGGAAGACCUAAAAGGCCCUCUGGUGGAGAAUAUACAACAGCACUUUCUUCUAUCUGAAGAUCUGGCAAGGGAUUAUGCUGCCAUUGUGUUUUUUGCCAACAGUCGUUUCGAGACAGGGAAAAGAAAACUACAGUACUUGUCUUUCCAAGACUUUGCCUUUUGUGCUGGUCAGCUCAUCAGCUACUGGACUGUGGGGGCGGUUGACACCAUGAUGGAAGAUAUUGAUGUUGGUCUAGAGAAAGAGUUUCUGCAUGACUUGAAAGACUUGAAAGUUUUGGUUCAUGAUAAGGACAUGCUGGAUCAACAUAAAAGUUUGGUCUGUGCACAGCUUAAGGGCAAAAUCAGUGUCUUUAGUGAGAUGGAGGCCAAUUUUAAGAAUUUGUCAAGAGCUCUGAUUAACAUCGCCUCAAAACUCACGCACACCAAAGACGUCCGAGAUCUAUUCAUCGACCUUGUGGAGAAGUUCAUUGAACCGUGCCGAUCAGAUAAGUGGACAAUUGGAGACCUCCGACUUUUUCUCACCUACUACAGCAGCUCUGCGCACACACUUGAGGCUUUCAGGCAUCGAGCAGUUUGGGACAGAUACAUGGAUGUCAUCAAAUCUUGCAUUUUGAAAAUGUACCAUGAUUAGAUCAUAAUUCCUACACCUGUUUGACCAAAUAUCCCUGUACUAUACUUUUAAAGCCAGUCACUUCUGUGUGUGUCUCUUAUUUGUAAAUAUGUUCAUUGCCUCAGCUCUCUUAUAGAGGUAUUUAAUUAUAAAACCUUUUAUAUACAAUAAAUCUGCCUUUUUUGCUAUGUCUUAUAGGUUUAAAGUAAUCAGGUAAUUAUUCUUGUGCACUAGAUCUGUGUUUUCCCACAGUGAAACUGUAUGUGAAUGUGUGCCCUCGGGGAAAGGGGGUGGGUCAGCAGCAGGGGUCUACAGUUGGCUGGUCAGAUCUGAAGUUAGAUGGAUGAGGAGACACUUUAACUACCUUAUAAAACCCCAGAACCGUGACACAUGUCACCCCCGCUGCCCCUCCAAAUGGUCACAAAUGGAAAGUUGCAGUAAAUUUCUGCAGAAACGUCCAGCGGCCUCCUCAUGGGAAUUGCACUGGCAAUUAAGUACCCCUGCUGUUUUUAAAGAUAAGGUACUGCUGUUGUUUCCAUCAAAGCCAUUGUAUUACCUUUGUGUAAUGAAGAUGCAUGACAUUCCUGGCACUGAGCGAAGUGUUACAGUAAAAUCAGGCAUUUGCCUCUAGUA